AUGGGGCUGCUGGUGGCAGGUGCCGAGAGGUACGAUAUAGUGGCCACAGUGGGGAAGGGGACGUUCGGGGAGGUGAGCCAGGGCUGGAGGAGGAGCACAGGGGAGAUGGUGGCCGCCAAGAUCCUGAAGAAUGAAGACCACCAUAGCUGGGUGGUGAAGAAUGAGCUGGGGCUGCUGCGAGCUUUGCAGGAGCUGGACACGGAGGAGUCGCACGUUGUUCGCUUCCUCGAGUCCUUCAGCGAUGCUGUCUGUACCUAUCUGGUCUUCGAGCUGCUGGAGCAAAACCUCUUUGACUUCCAAAAGCAGAACAACUUCUUGCCGUUGCCCAUCUGGCACAUCCAUACUAUCACAGCGCAGGUGCUGGUGGCAUUGGUCAAGCUGAAGGACAUUAUCCACGCCGACCUCAAGCCAGAGAACACCAUGCUGGUGGACCACGUGCGCUAUCCUUUCUGCGUCAAGCUCAUUGACUUCGGCUUGGCCAGCAUCUCCACCGAGGUCUGCCAUGUCAAGGAACCCUACAUCCAAUCUCACUUCUACCGGGCACCAGAGAUCUUGUUGGGGGUGCCCUUCUGCGAGAAGGUGGACAUCUGGUCUUUGGGUUGUGCGGUGGCCGAGCUUCACUUGGGUUGGCCACUCUACCCAAGUGUCAAUGAGUACGACCAGGUCUGCUACAUAUGCUCCACCUUGCGGCUACCACGGGGCAAGUUGCUCUGCGCCGCCCAGAAGACGUGGUCCUUCUUCCGACGGGUUCCACAUCCCACCGGUUCCUGGCAGCUCAUACCACCAGACGAGGAGAUGGUGAAGCCAACGAAGAGGAGGAAGUAUGUUUUCUCCUCACUGCAUCAGUUAGCGGUGGUGAACAUCCGUCCAGUGUCUUAUCCCAACCCGGAGGCACUGGCCGAGCACUGGGACCUGUGCGGGACGGUGGAGCUGGUCAAGAAGAUGCUCCCCUGGGACUCACACGAGAGGAUCGUGCCCAGCGCUGCCCUCAAGCAUCCCUUCAUCUCCAUGCAGCAGGUGAAGUCCAACUUUGAGGCCAGCCGGUACUACCAGCUCUGCCAAGAGGACUUGAGGGCAUCCCGUAAGGAUGCCAGCGUGGUUGAGAUCUUCCCUGUCACGGAGGAAGGUGCCUUCAGCCCCACCGACGGGUGCAGCAUCCAGAAGGCCAUCGCCCAGCUGGAUAGGCUCAGCCUGGAUGGGCUCAGCCUUGUGGAGUCCACUGGGGACACCGGUGACAAGAGCCAGCAGGACAUCUGCCGAGUCCCCAUCCCCACCCAUUACGGCACCCAGCAGUGCCAGCAUCGCCAGCAUCCCAAGACAGAGCUCAUUGCUGGUAACUUGACGGUGCUGGGGUCCUCCGGCAGAUGGGAGCAGCAUGGCCACCGUGACGGCAGCAUGGCCUUUGGUGGCAUCAUGGAGCAGAACCUGCCUGGAAGACCAUACACCCCGCCCCACACCGAGUGUGACCCAAGCCCCCAGCCCCCACCUCCGUCCCCGAGGACAGGCUCUGGGGGCCAGGCUGGGACCCUCCCACCAUCCCUGGCACUCCCGGCAACACCCACAGCACCACUGAGCCGCCGUGGCAACCCUGGCAAACACCUUGGCAGCUGA